GCUAGCAGAUAAACUCUGUGCCGCUAAUCUCCGCUAAUCAGUCGACAUGUUGGACACAAGGAGCUCGGUCCUGCUCUCAGUGCUGCUGUGUGCGUCAGUGGUGUCGUCCUUCGUGGAGGAGCUGGACGAUUCCUUCAUGAAGACCAGAGGAGACGACGACAUCUGGCUGAUCAAAUUCUACGCCCCCUGGUGUUCCUUCUGUAAACAGCUGGAUCCUGUUUGGCAUCAGAUCGGAUCAGAACUGAAGAGUCUGGGUUCUCCGGUCAAUGUCGGCAAAUCAGACGCCACCGCCAACACCGGUUUGGCAAAAGAGUUCAGGGUCAGAGGUUAUCCAGCCAUCAUCAUGUGGAAGAAAAACGUGAAAUAUGUUUAUAAUGGAAAAAGAACAAAAGAUGGAAUAAUGGAGUUUACACAUCGAGUCUCAGGGCCCUUUGUUCGAUCCCUGAACAGUCUGCAGCUUUUCCAACACGCAAUGAGCCGCCAUGAUGUCAUGUUUGUGUAUGUAGGAGCCACAUCACAACUGAAGGGGAACUUCUCGGCUGCUGCAGAACAACUGAUCGUUCACACCAACUUCUUCUCCGCUGCCAGAGACGUUCUACCAAAGGUCAUCGCUCUGACGUCUCUGCCGGCCGUGGUUCUAUUUAAAGAUGGAACCUACUUCACCUACAGCGAACGUGACGGAGAACUGAGGCUGUGGAUCAACAGAGAGCGUUUCCCAAACUUCUCCAAGAUCGACAGCUACACUCUGUACGCCAUGGGAGAGACAGGUAAACUGGUGUCGCUGGUGCUGCUGGAGGAGAAGAACAUGUGUGAAAGGAGUGUGAGGUACAAAGUUCUCAUGGAGAAAGUGGCUGCAGAUUACAGAGACGCCUACAGCAGAAACUUCUCCUUUGGUUUCAUGGAGGAAAACGAGUACAUCAACGGCCUGAUGAUGAAGGACGUGGUCAUGCCGUCGUUUGUCGUGGUUAAUUUGUCCAACGAUGGUUACUUCCUGCCACAAGGCCCCGUGGACACGGAGCGCCAACUCCUGGACUUCCUGAACGGGGUUCUGGACGGCAGCAUCCAGUGUCAGGGAGGAAACGGGGUCGUCCAACGUGUCACACGCUCCGUCUAUGACUCAAAACUCCUGCUACAGUCGCUGUAUGGCAAGUCUCCUCUGCUUUGCUUCUUCGUACUCGCCUUCCCGUUCGCCAUCGCCACCUUCUUCUGCUACCUGUGCUGUAAAGCCCGAGCCAACACCGAUGAAGACGAAGACGAAGACGCAUCACAACGAAGCAAAACAGUGACCAGCAAGAAGUCUGACUGACGAGGGGGAGGAGCUGAAACGUCUCUGUCCAAUAAAAUCAAACCUGUUUCUUAUCAAUUUGUCCAAGUCUGAGAAACGUUUUGAAAAGUGAUUUGUCUUUUUACCUUUAAUGAAUUACAAAAGAAGGAGAAGAAAUUAGAUUUUUAAACAUUCUCUCUUACUUUGAAAUGUAAUAAUGUAAAAUCAGGUAAACAAUUAAACACCUGGAUGUACCUGAAGUCAUGACAUCACUAAUGGAACGGUCCACUCAGAGUCCAGCCAACCUGAAAGACCUUUAACAUGUUUAGAGAAUAAUAUCUUGAACCACGCUGAACUUUUUAAACAUGUUUAAUUCAAGUGUAAAAUGUAUUAAGAUGUUGAAUAACUUUUUCUGAAUUUUCUUCUGAAUUGAUCAAUUCAAGUGUGUGUCAGAUUGUAAUGAUUCAAUUAUUUAACGGUUUCAACAACUUAAAAGA